CCUUUUUCCAGUAGCACUCGGGCCCAGAUGUUGCGUAAAGUCCUAGCGCUGCAGGGGCGUCCUUGUGAUAUUUUUGGUUACAUCUCCCUUAUUUCUUAGCCAGAUAAGCGCCGGGACACUCUUCACAUUCGCAUAUGAACAACGCUUGCGUGCUGGCUGACGGCUGAGGUACCUCUGACAAGCACGCGGAGUGUCACUCGGCAUGGGCAAAGUUUCCAGGGCUCGCCCCACCCAUUUUUGCGCACCCUAAUGGACGAACCAGCCCAUUGGCUUAGGUUACGAACUCGGCCCGGCGCGGUGAUUGGUCGGUUGUAAAUCCCGAACGUUGUGACUGGUCCGCAGAAGCGUCUCGGAGCGCGCGCGGGAGCAGAGGCAAGCCGGUACUUCCAUGGUCGUGAUGGCGCUGCAGGAUCUUGGGAGAGAUCUGCAGCCUUGGUGUCCGCUGGAACUCAGCCUCGAAUGGGUGAACUCAGUGUGGGAACUGGAUUUCACGGAGACAGAGCCUUUGGAUCCCAGCAUAGAAGCAGAGAUCCUAGAGACUGGAGUAGAUGCAUUCACAAAGCUCUAUGGAAGCCUUUUCCCCUUUGCAACUGAAGAAAAUGGAUCUUUAGAGAGCAUCUGGACUUUCUUCGUUGAGAAUAAUAUUUCCAUUAAUACACUGGUGGCCUUAUUCUGCCACUUUGUCCAGGAAGCACAUAAAAAAGGUGCCAGUGCACAGAAUCGAGAAUAUGGCCUUCAUGCUGCUGGGCUCUAUUUUUUGCUACUAGAAAUACCAGGCAGCGUAGUCAAUCAAGUAUUCCACCCAGUGAUGUUUGACAAAUGUAUUCAGAUUCUGAAGAAGAGCUGGCCUCAAGAAUCUAACUUGAGUCAAAAAAGAAAAAAGGAACACCCCAGGAGUUCUAAGUAUAAUCAUAGGAGGGGCAGAAAAAGAGGAAAACCACCCAGGAAGGAGGAUAAUCAGGUGGAUGAAUUUUCAGGAGAGGAGGAGGAGGAAGAAGAGGAGAUUUAUUUUUCUGCCCGAGACCUUUUUCAAAUACGAAAUGUCAUAUUUAAUCUUCUAAAGAAUUUUUUAAGGCUUCUGCCCAAGUUUUCCCUUAAAGAAAAGCCACAGUCUAUACAAACUUGUAUAGAGGUGUUUGUUGCAUUAACUAAUUUUGAGCCAAUUCCUCAUAAAUUUCUUGUUUCACAAGCCAGGAACCUCAAUGGAGUAAAACACAUAUCAGAGCUGGCCUAUUAUGGAUUGUAUUUGCUGUGCUCCCCAGUCCAUGGAGAAGGAAAUAAGGUUAUUGGUUCUAUUUUCCAUCAAAUGCUAAAUGUAAUAUUGAUGUUAGAAGUAGGGGAGAGGUCCCGUUGUACCCCCCUUGCGAUAACCUCACAAGUCAUCAACUGUAGAAACCAGGCAGUCCAAUUUAUCAGCUCGCUUGUGGAUGAACUACAAGAAAGCAUAUUCCCAGUCCUUGGUACUUUACUGCAGCAUAUCUGUGCCAAGGUAGUAGAUAAAGCAGAGUAUCGGACUUGUGCAGCACAGUCCCUGGUCCAGCUGCUUAAUAAGCUUCCCUCUGAGGAAUAUGCUACAUUCAUUGCCUGGCUUCACAAAUAUUCACGGAGUUCUAAGAUUCCACACCGGGUAUUCACUCUUGAUGUUGCUUUAGCUCUCUUAGAGCUGCCUGAAAGAGAAGUGGAUGACACUGUAUUAUUGGAGCACCAGAAGUUUCUAAAGCAUAAAUUCUUCGUACAAGAAAUUAUAUUUGAUCGUUGCUUAGACAAGGCACCUACUGUUCGAAGCAAAGCACUGUCCAGCUUUGCACAUUGUCUGGAGUCGUCUGCUAGCAGCACAUCAGAGAGUAUAUUGGAGAUCUUCAUUAGCAGUGCUUUGGUUUCAGGAAUACAGAGUUGUUCUGAUACUUUACAGAGAACCUCAGUAGUGUCUUCCAGUGGAAAUUGGCACAUGACACAAAUCAACACUGAUGGUGGUGAUGAAAGAGAACAGUCUGGAGAGAGAUGCUUCAUGGCGAUGCUGAGAAAAAGAAUCAGGGAUGAAAAGAUCAACGUCAGGAAGUCUGCACUCCAGGUGUUAGUGAGUAUUUUGAAACACUGUGACAUCUUGAGCAUGGAGAAGGACCUGUUGAUCCUGCAGGACCACUGUCGAGACCCUGCUGUAUCUGUGCGGAAGCAGGCCUUACAGUCCCUUACAGAACUUGUUACGGCCCAACCUACAUGUGUCCCAGUCCAGAAAGCCUGGUUGAUGGGAGUCAUCCCAGUGGUGAUGGACUGUGAAAGCACAGUGCAAGAAAAGGCCUUGGAGUGCCUGGACCAGCUCCUGUUGCAGAACCUUAAGCAUCACAGAAAAUUUCACAGUGAGGACAGAAGCCAGGUGCUUGCUUGGGCAUUACUUGCUCUUCUUACCACAGAAAGCCAGGAUCUGAGCCGCUAUUUAAAUAAGGCUUUUCGUAUCUGGUCCAAGAAAGAUAAAUUCUCAUCCACUUUUAUAAACAGUGUGAUAUCCCACACUGACACAGAACAUUCAGCACCAGCAUGGAUGCUGCUCUCCAAGAUCACUUGCUCAUCACCCAAGCUGGACUACACCAAAAUAAUAGAGUCAUGGGAGAAACUCAGCAGUGAAAAAUCUCCAAAUUCAAACACCUUAGGCUACAUGCUAUGUGUCAUUGGGCAUAUUGCAAAACACCUUCCCAGGAGCACCCAGGACAAAAUAAUUGGUGUUGUGAAGGGCAAGCUGAAUAGAUUUCAGUGGUCUCUAGAGUUGAUCAGUUCAUCUGUUGACACUUUGCAAGGGCUUUGUAGAGCAUCUGCAAAGACAUUGCUGGAAGAACAGGAGCUGCUGAAGCAGGUGUGUGGGGAUGUGCUCUCCACCUGCGAGCACUACCUCUCUAACGUCCUUCUGAAGGAAGAUGGGGCAGGGAACAUGAACGAAGACCUGGUGGUGAAAUGUAUUUUUACCAUAGGAGAUAUAGCCCAGUUAUGUCCAGCCAUAGUAGAGAAGCGAAUCUUCCUUCUAAUCCAGUCUGUUCUGGCUGCUUCUUCUCAUGUGGAUCACUUACCAUCAUCUCAAGGGACCAUGGAUGCCCUAGCCAAUCAGCUGCCUUUCCAGGUCAGAAGCUCUACUAUGCCUUCUGUGAUUAGAGCACAUGCCAUCAUCACUUUAGGUAAACUGUGCUUACAGCAUGAAGACCUUGCAAAGAAAAGCAUCCCAGCCCUUGUGCGAGAACUUGAAGUGUGUGAGGAUGUGGCUGUCCGCAACAAUGUCAUCAUUGUGAUGUGUGAUCUUUGUAUCCGAUACACUGUCAUGGUGGACAAUUAUAUUCCCAAUAUUUCCAUUUGUCUGAAGGACUCAGACCCAUUUAUCCGGAAGCAGACAUUGAUCUUGCUUACCAACCUCUUACAGGAAGAAUAUGUGAAAUGGAAGGGCUGUCUGUUCUUCCGAUUUGUCAGCACCCUGGUGGAUCCACACCCAGACAUUGCCAGCCUUGGGGAGUUCUGCCUGGCUCACUUGUUGCUGAAGAGGAACCCUACCAUGUUCUUCCAGCACUUCAUUGAGUGUAUAUUCCACUUCAACAGCUAUGAGAAACAUGGGCAGUAUAACAAGUUUUCCCAGACAGAGAGAGGGAAGCGGCUGUUUUUGCUAAAGGGAAAGACAAACAAGGAGAAACGAAUGAGAAUCUACAAAUUUCUCCUUGAGCACUUCACAGAUGAGCAGCGAUUCAAUGUCACUUCCAAAAUCUGCCUUAGUAUUUUGGCAUGCUUCACUGAUGGCAUCCUGCCCCUGGACAUGGAGGCCAGCGAGUUGCUCUCAGAUACCUUUGACAUCCUCAGCUCAAAGGAGAUCAAGCUGUUGGCAAUGAGAGCUCAAGCGUGCAAGGAUCUCUUGGAGGAAGACGACAUGGCUCUGGCAAAUGUGGUCAUGCAGGAAGCCCAGAUGAAGAUCAUCUCCCAGGUUCAAAAGAGGAAUUUCAUAGAGAAUAUUAUUCCAAUCAUCACCUCCCUGAAGACUGUGCUGGAGAAAAACAAGAUCCCUGCUCUGCGGGAACUCAUGAACUACCUCAGGGAGGUGAUGCAGGAUUACCGAGAUGAAAUCAAAGAUUUCUUUGCAGUUGAUAAACAACUGGCCUCUGAACUUGAGUAUGACAUGAAGAAGUACAACGAACAGUUAGCUCAGGAACAAGCUCUGACAGCACAAGCUGAUGUGAGCAGAAUGGCUGAAGGGGGUGACAGAGCACAGCCCAUGCAGGGUACUCCUGACUCUCAAGCCAUAAAUGCUGCUGCUGAUCAGGAAAAUGUUAAUGUGCCUGUGGCCAACAGCCGGCCUUCAGCACCUGGGUCCAGCUUCACGCCAACUCUGUCUCCCAUAUCCGAAAAUGGGCCUCUGACGAUGAUACCCAGUGCCAGGUCCAUGUCCCUGAGUACCAUCGCAAUUCUGAAUUCAGUCAAGAAAGCCGUCGAGUCGAAGAACAAAAGUCAUAGGCGCAGCUUAGGAGCUUUACCUUUCAGUGUAGAGUCUGGAAGCCCAGAAAAAUCCCGCAGCCAUGCUUCCCUAAGCAUGGAGCAAGAGUCUGAUGCAGCUGUCAAACAUGUAACUAAACGGGCAAUCAGCACCCCAGAAAAGUCCAUCAAUAAUGUCACAUUUGGAGCAGGGGUCAGUUACAUAGGGACACCAGCAACUCCACUUUUUACCAAAGAGAAAGUCGAAGCCCAGGAUCAAGGAAAUGACAUUUUAUGUUUAUCACUGCCUGAUAAAUCGCCUCCACAGUCUCCACAGUGGAAUGUAAAGUCUCUAGCCAGAAACAAGGACAACCCAAGAUCCAGCAGGAGGUCCCUCCGCAAGACCCCCCUGAAGACAGCCAACUGAAACAGUGUGCCUCAGCAGUAACUUCAGGGACAUUUGCCUUUCCCAUGUGGAAGGGAAAAGGCUGGCAUGGCAUGGUCUGCAUGUGGAGAGACUUGCCUAUACAGUACCAAGUCCUUUGGUAGAAUACCAGCAUGGCUUUGUUUAACUUGUGUUUGGCUAACCAGCCUUCCAUGUUUCUCUUUGUUACUGUAGUUGAGAUUUGUAAAUAAAUAGAGAGAUUACAUAUUUAGACUUUUUUUACAAUAACAAUAAGCUAUUUAAUAUUGUGACGUUGUGUUUGAGUCUCAAACCUUCUGUGGUAAGUUAUAAUCUGGUCUUUAAGGAACACAAUUUUAGAAACCAGCUUUCUUCUGUAUAACUCAAGUGUCUAUAGCUUGUCUGAAUUUGUUACAAUAGAUAUUUCCCCUCAGCUAAUGGUAAAAUUUUGAUUGAAAUAUUUUUCUAUUAUUUAUAAUUGCAGAUUUUAUUAAAAGAGAUGUACAGUCUUUCUAAAAUGAAGUAAUAAAGGUCAAAUAUAAAUAUAA